AUGGUCGCGUUUGCCGUGGUGGUCGCCGUGGAUAUCACCUCCGAUGUCGAUGAUGCCAGGUCCUGGGAUCUUAUAACUGUGGAAGUUGCCAUAUACACUGACAAGAAUACCCAUGUCAUCGGGCUUGUAGAACUGCGUGGCAAACAUCCCAUCGGGAAGCUCUGUCCCGGACCCUUCGACCUUGAUGUUGAAGCACUGCGGGUAGUUCUGCGCGCCAUUCAUUUUCCCCGACCCGUGCAGGGCAAUGAUCUCAUGGCGGAGGACGUAGUCACCCGGCUUGAGCUUCUCUGGGAUCCGAACGAGCCAGCCCUUGUUCUGCGCCAGGACGUCGGUGUAGAACUUGUUCGUCCCGUUGCGGAGGCCAGCAUCCGCGAUCUUGAAGAACUUCAAGCUGCUCUUGUCCACCGCCUCGCAGCCUUUGCUGCCACAAGGGGCUAG